AUAAAUCGAGAAAAUUAAUAAAUUUGGUAGACAUUCGAGCUGCUACUAAAUUCCAAUAAACAAGUCACACACAAUCACACAAAGCAACAUUGAAAAUAUUGCGAAAAUGAUGAGUUUCACAUACAAGGAUCUGAUAGACGUGGCCAUCGGCUCACCGGAAUCGGGUCACGUCAAUUUCUAUGCUUUGCACGUGCUCCUCUCGAACUUUGCACACAAGCUGGAAUGCUUGGACGAGCCCGUCGAACAGGACGAUUAUCUGCUGGCCAAUAUGCGAUUCCAGAGCAGCCUGAUUGGCAAAUCCUCCAGAUAUCGUAUGCAGGCCGGUGGCGAUGAGGAAGAAGCAGCCACAGAGGUGCCCAACGAACCACCACCAGCAGAGGUAGCUCCAGCUGUCGCAGAGGCAGCAGCUUCAACUCCAGCAGAGCCUGCCGGUGCUGAUCUUGCCGCUGCUGAGCCUGCCGCAGCGGAGGCUGCACCAGCUGAGGCGGAGCAGACACCAGUUGAGCCGACACCAGCUGAGCCGACACCAGCUGAGCCGACACCUGCUGAGCCAGAGCCGACACCAGAAUCGCAGGUUGCUGCAGCUCCAAACUUCAUCGCUCCACCGGAGGAAGCCGAAUCCGUGCUACCUCCAGCCGAACCAGAUUUGCCAACACCAACCGUGCCCUCUCGCGGCUCCUCGCGCACCUCUAAGCUGGAGAAAUCUCAGUCGCGCGUUGAAGGCUCCGUCAUAGGCGGCAUGGCCAAGUUGGAGCGAAGGAUCUCCAGGGUCGAAUUGCUGAAGGAGCAAAAGGAUUUGGAGUUUCAGAACUUCGCGAAUACGCUGACGGGCCAAAUGAAAUUGACGAUGGAGCAGCUGAACAAUGUGACCCACUUGGUGCUCGAUAGCAAACCGAAUCCGGAACGCAUCAAGCUAUUGCGGAACAUAGCCCGGCAGCUGCGUGUUCUGAUGCGUGUGGCCGGUGACGAGGUGUCCAUCAGUCGGAGCAGCGGUGAACUGGUCAUCGAGGAACUGGAGGGCGACGAGGAGGAGGAGCUGUGCGUAGAAGAGAUCACCACGUCCACGGAGCAGGUCAAGGCCGAGGAGCAACUAGAUCUGGAGCCACAUUUGUGCUAUGCACCCGAUCGCAUGCUGACCGAGCUACUUGAACUCAAAUCCGAGUUCUGUUCGCUGACCAACAAGGUCAACGAACUCGCCGCGGAGCUGAUCAAACAGGAUGCCAAACGCCUGCUGGAGAUGAUGCAGGAGAUGCAGAUGACAGUGCGAGAGAUUAAGCUAUCCUCUGCCGGCAAUCAGGAGGCGAAUGAAGGAAUGCAGAAUAAACUGAAUGCGGCAACGGUACAGAUACAAACACUCAAGAAUUCGGUGGCACAUCUGGAUGAGAUCAAGAUUGAUAAGGCCGAUGUGGAGUUGCUGCUAGCGGAGAAGGUAGACUUUCCCCAGUUGGCGACGAAGGUGUCGCUCGAGCAGCUCGAGGAUUACAAAGAGCGACUGGAGAAACAGUUCUGCGAGGUGCGUCACAUCAUCAAUGUGAACGAGAAGAAUGUCCUGCAAAUUAUUGAUGGUCUACGCAUGACACUGGGCAUCGAUUCGCUGGAGCUCAGCCUGAAGGAUUUCCGCGAGAUGAUCGAGAAACGUGUCGCCCUCAUUGCCGAGGCCCUGCACAGAUAUAUGGAAAUGACGAACGAUGAUUGCGCCGCUGCCGCCGGGCGUGUCAAGGUCAUGCAGGAGCUGGCAUGCCUCUCCUGCGACACGCCCUGUGUAAUGCGCACCAUGGAGCGCUCCAAGCUGCCCAAUCCAACAGCGGCCAAGGCCUCAUUCAGCAUGGGGCCAUUGGUUACCUUCGAACUGGGCCAGUUACGCAAAUCGGGCGUUGGCGCCAACUAUCGCAAGGACUUUGCCAAUCCUUGCGGCACCGGACUCGGACUCGGCACAGUGCCCGUCAAUAAGUGUGUGCCUCGUCAUGCUGGUGGCCUGCACACCAUUUACACGGCCGAGGAGCAUGUGCAGAAGGUGAUUCUGUCCAAGAGGAAUACGGGUUGGAUUUAAGCAAGUGGUUGCCACUUGCAUUUCACUGCGUUGUCAUUGUAAAUUUCUUAAGGAAACUGCACAAACAAAUUGAAUACAAUAUAUGUAUAUAUUAAAUAUAGUUUAGACUAAAUUAUGUUAAGUUAUAAUCAUAUAUAUAAAAUAAUUUAAAAUCAAUUGUUUUCAAAAUUUAA